GGGGCGGGACAGACGGAGGCAGAGCUCCCUGCGCUUCGCUUCUCCUUCGCGGCUGCCUCGCUUCGCUUCUUCUCCUUCGCGGCGUCCCGCCCUGCCUCGCCAUGCCGAACUUCGCCGGCACCUGGAAGAUGAAAAGCAGCGAGAAUUUCGACGAACUCCUGAAAGUCCUGGGAGUGAACGCCAUGCUGAGGAAAGUGGCCGUGGCCGCCGCCUCCAAGCCCCACGUGGAGAUCCGCCAGGACGGGGACCGCUUCUACAUCAAGACCUCCACCACCGUCCGCACCACCGAAAUCAGCUUCAAAGUCGGAGAGGGCUUCGACGAGGAGACGGUCGAUGGAAGGAAAUGCAAGAGUUUAGCCACUUGGGAGAAUGAAAACAAACUGUACUGCAAGCAAACGCUCCUGGAUGGCCAGGGUCCCAAAACAUACUGGACAAGAGAACUGGUUGGAGACGAGCUGAUUUUGACCUUUGGCGCGGAUGACGUGGUGUGCACCAGGAUUUACACGCGAGAGUGACAAAAAAAGGCCAACCUGCCCUCCCUCUCCACCCAUCCCCUUGCAGGAAAAGCUGGAGGAUCAACAGCAGGUGUUGUGAACACAAGUCUUGCCGAGUAAACAUCCUCGCGUGGUGUUGUUUGAACCGGCUGGCUCUUGCGUGAUCGUACAUGUCGUUUCAAAUCCCAGCUCGCUGCUCCAUCUCCAGAUCUCCCCCCCCCCUUUGCUUAGAUGGCGAAUCCAGGUCCCCGUAGAAUUUGUGUGUGUGUGUGUGUGUGUGCCUGUGUGUUUGCGGGUACAAAAACAACCCCUUUCAUCUCCCCCCUCAUCCCCUGCUGCUCACUGGUAUUUAUAUAGCUUGACAUUUGUACGAUCCGAGCGGUGAUUAAAUCCCUUGGUUCUUGGUUCACCCGGCUUUGCAAACCAAUGUGUCUUUUAAGUCUUAAAGGGCAUCCAGACAAGUCAAAACAACACACAGGGAGGGGGGG